AUUUAUUACACCACACAAGGAAGUGUUCGUUCACAUAAAAUCCCUUAGGCUUGUCAGGAACUGAUCCCAGAUCAGGAAGUAGAGGCAAUUUUUUUUCUCUUCCUCCUGUGAGCAAUAAGGGCAGCUUCACACACACUGGCAGAGUUUGUCAGAACGGCUGGCAGGCAGGAGCAGCUCACACACACACGGCAGCCGGGACACAGGAGGGAUCCACCUGGAGCGGACGUCAGGCUACCUUGUUGAUCAACGAGGCUGGACAAUGAUUGAAAGCUCCAAAGAAUGACUGUCAUCUGCUGUUCUCUGGCUGCUUCUCUUAAAGGCACACUCUUCAGGUCCGACUUCAGGCUGUUGCCUUGGAGACCAGGCGUCGGCCAGAAUAAGGAGGCGAGACGAGGGAUUCCCAAAGACAGACAGACCUGAGAAAGACAGCAGCUAGGAGCGAUGGACCGCCAGCAGCACGCCAAAGUGGAACGCUUUCUCAAGUUGGGAUACGCUCACACCGACAUCCUCAGGGUGCUGGAGAGCCUGCACCACGACGCCCAGACCAACGACAUCCUGGAGGAGCUCAUCAAGACCUGCCACACUCGCAGCACCAGCGUACCCAACAGUCCCAAGCUGGUGCCCAGAGGCUGCAGCCCCAGCCCCGGCCUCAGCAAGGCCAGGACCGGCCCUGACAGAGAGUCGAACACAGGCUUCAGACCCGUGGUUAUAGACGGCAGCAACGUGGCCAUGAGCCAUGGUGACAAGAAGGUGUUUUCGUGCCAAGGCCUCCAGCUGGCGGUGAACUGGUUUUGGGACAAAGGGCUGCGUCACAUCACCGUGUUUGUGCCCCUGUGGAGGAAGGAGCAACCGCGGCCUGAGGCGCCCAUCACAGAUCAACAUAUUCUCCAUGAACUGGAGAGGAGAAAGAUCCUGGUGUACACACCGUCCCGCUGUGUCAACGGCAAGAGGGUGGUGUGUUAUGAUGACCGCUACAUCAUCAAGCUGGCAGUUGAAUAUGACGGAAUCAUCGUGUCCAACGACAACUACCGUGACCUGCAGACGGAGAAUCCCCAGUGGAAAAAGUUUAUUGAGGAGAGACUCCUAAUGUACACAUUUGCCAACGACAAGUUCAUGCCUCCGGAUGAUCCCCUGGGUAGAAACGGUCCCACCAUUGAUGACUUCCUCAGGAAGAAGCCAUGGACACAGGACAACAAGCAGCAGCACUGUCCAUAUGGAAAGAAAUGUACUUAUGGGAUAAAGUGCAAGUUCUACCAUCCAGAGAGGGUGAACCAGUCACAGCUGGCUGUAGCAGAUGAACUGAGGGCUCUGGCACAUCAACCUGAACACAGAUACACUCCACCCACCCCUCCUUACGGAAGCAGAGACGACCUGACUCACAGCGACCCUGCCAUCUGUUACAGGGAGAGCAGCAACCUGAGAAGCCAGCUAAACAAAAGUCCUCUUUUUUACCAGUACUCCAGCUCCGAUGCAGACGAGGCCUUCAGCUCCAUGGGUAGCUCCAUGUCCAGGCUCAGCAUCCAGGACCUGCCCUACAGCCUGGAGCCCCCUCUGACCAGCUACAGCAGCGGCAGAGGCAGCUACCAAAUGUCAGGCUCGUACGCCGGGAACAGCCUGAGGCUUUCACCCAAUGGACACAGUUACUACCCUCCCCAGAACGGCUCUAUGCCCUGUGAGAGUCACAUGUGCAGCCAGUGCAGGUGUGGCCACCAGAACCCGGCCAGCCAUCACCACCGCCAGCAGCAGCGCCAGCCGGCGUGGAGCUCCUGCCCCGCUGUGCCUGCACACAGCGGGGAGCAGACUUCUCAUUUCUCAGACAUGCAGUAUCAGCAUAGCCACAGCCUGUCCCGGGACCCCUGGGUGCAGCAGCCCAGCGCUCCCAUUAGCCAGAGCAGAAGCGUGUCCAGUGAGCAAAGGAACGGCCUGCGGAGUCAGCUGAGCACGCUCUUCCCUCAGAGCAUGGUGGAGCAGGUCCUGAACGCCAACCCCCACGUCUCAGAUAUGCUGGAACUGAUCGGACUCAUCCAGAGCUACCGGACCAGCAACAUGUCCUUCUAGGCUGCCAAACCUCUAUUGGUGCCUUCAAACUGAGCCCACACUGGAGUUCUCAUUCCGGAAAUAGUGAAACCAAAGUGAACAUUUCCAUCCAUCCAUUUUCCAACACCCUUGUCCGUUAGAGGGGUCAGGAGGACUGCUGAUGUCUAUCUCCAGCUAACGUUCCGGGCGAGAGGCGGGGUCACCCUGGACAGGUCACCAGUCUGUCACAGGUGAACAUUUCCUCAAGAGAAAUUUUAUUUGUUAUGAAAUGUGUCACACGCAUUAUUUUAAGCAUUAAGAAGGAAGUUGGUCUGAUAAAACUAAAAUGUCGGCUAUUCCUUUAUCCUAUUACAGAAGUGCAAUGCACUUAGCUCCAUUCCAGCUACUUAUUGUAGCGCUGACAAAUGUUUAUUAAAGCAACAUGUGUUGUUUUUUCAUGUUGCCUCAAAAUGAGGAACACUAAAGACUGUACUUUUGUAAAGACUGUCCCGAUAUUAACUGUGAAACAUUGUGGUUUUGUUGCACAUUUUGAAUAAAAACUUUGUUAAGAA